CUUGAAAGCGGAUGUGGACCAGUCAAAAUCACUUCCGGGGGCAGCCAAGCGCUAUGAGCGCCAACGCGGAGCCGAGGCGGCGCCCCGGAGUUGGGGUCGGCGUGGUGGUGACGAGCUGCGAGCAUCCUCGCUGCGUCCUUCUGGGGAAGAGGAAAGGGUCGUUUGGAGCCGGCAGUUUCCAGCUUCCUGGGGGCCAUUUGGAAUUCGGUGAGACCUGGGAAGAGUGUGCUCAGAGGGAGACCUGGGAAGAGGCUGCGCUCCGCCUGAAGAAUGUGCGUUUCGCCUCCGUGGUGAAUUCUUUCGUUGAGGAGGAGAACUACCAUUAUGUCACCAUACUGAUGAAAGGGGACGUGGACACGGCGCAUGAGUCAGAGCCGAAGAACAUGGAACCGGAAAAAAAUGAAAGUUGGGAGUGGAUUCCUUGGGAAGAAUUUCCUCCAUCAGACCAGCUUUUCUGGGCUCUCCGUUGCUUAAAAGAGCAAGGCUAUGACCCAUUUAGAGAGGACCUGAACCACCUGCACGGGUACAGAGGAGAGCACCUCGAAGGAGCCAAGAAAAUUCCUUGAGUUAAAAAACAAAACAAAACAACAAAAAAAAAAACUUUCAGUAAAUGUUUAGUCUAUGUUUCAGGAUGCUCCCAUUUUAUCUGCAAAACCGUGUGGUCGUAAGUUUAUUUACAGCCUCCUAAAGCAACUCGAACCUGGAACCUGUCCCUGAGUAAGAUGAACAGGAGCUUGUGGCUAAUUAUAUGUACCACUGUAAGUUACCCUCGUCAGCUGCAUGGAGGCAAGUGUAACAGAUUUUGUCUUGCUGUUCUAAUUCAAAUAGAGGUCAAAAUUCAGAUACGGUUAUUCAAGUUUGGAAGAAAUUUGUCCACUGCAAAAUUCGUCGCACUUGUUGUUUUCAAGUAAGUUUCUCCUUACUUGAAAAGAAUUUUUCAACGAUGAUGUGACAUCAUGACAUGUGGUAGGCUGUACUUCCCCGGUUUCCGACGGAAUCUGUGCUAAAUGUGAGACAGACUAAGUUUGGAUCCUACUGCUAAAGGUCAAGCCAGCCGCCUUUCCCUCUCUCUGCCUGAGAUCCUGUAUGUGUCCUUGCGUGGUGGCAUCACACAGAGCAACACACUGGGUCUCCGAGUGUGGGGGAUCUCCCAGAGAUCCUCCAGAACUUUGUGGGACACCAAGGACAAAAGCUGGUUGGUUGGUUGGUUGCUCUCCCCUCUAUCCUCCCACCCCCCAGCAAAUUGUAAAGCUUUCCUAUGAGAGACUGAACUGUGCAGUGUCUCACAGGGCAACAUUGUGUGUGUGUGUGUGUGUGUGUGUGUGUGUGUAAAAAUCACCUUAAUGUAAGGAUCACCCCGGGCACAGUCAAUGUUAAUAGCAGAAGCUUCUAACCAGCCCAUGUUGAUCAGCAUCCAGCCCAGCUAAGCCCUGGAAUGCGUGUGCUGUCUCAUCUUUCCUUAGUCUGGCAGAGCAUGGUUUUCUGGCUGACGUUCCUCCAGCCACUAGCUCUGGCUGCUGCCCAGGCCCCUGGUGAGCUCUUCCUGUGAGGUUGUUUUCCGGUCCCCUCUGCUGCAUAGGUGGCGCCUGAGCUCUGUAUUCCUGUGCUUUGGGCUCUUGUUCCUUCAAUAGCAAUCCUGGUUCACAUGUUUAAUAUAUUUUCUUUGUUUUUUUAUGAGACAGGGUUUCUCUGUGUAGCACUGGCUGUCAUGGAACCUGUUCUGUAGACCAAGCUGGCCUCCAACUCAGAGCUCCGCCCACCUCUGCCUCCCACAUGCUGGGAUUAAAGGCGUGCACCAUCACUGCCCAGAUUAAUUUCUUCUGAUCAGAGCAAAAACAAAGAAGAUGGUGAGGGAACGCAACCGCACCUCCUGUGCACAGCCCUGGCAGAUGGUUGAAGAGUGUUACACAAUCCAGUUAUUUUUAUAAUAUCCAAAUAUCACAAACUUUUACAUUCUUAUUUUUUGACAGGCUGGCUUCCAACUCACUGUCUGAAGCUGAGGAUAACCUUGAACUCCUGAACCUCCUGCCUCAGCCUCCAUGAUGCUAAGAUUCCAACUUCACCCCUCCUCAUCCUCUUGUUAAGUGUGCAGAGCAGCUGUCCAGAGCCACCUGAUGCAUGGUUCAUUUCUGGGUGGUUUGGGUACUGGGGUUUGAACCUAACGCUUCACACAUGACAGGCAAGUGCUGGAACAGACUGCCAAGGCAAGAGAGCCAGCUUCCUCCUGUCGGGUCAGACACAAAAGAGAUUUGCUCCCACGAUAAGAUGAUGACUUUCUCACUGGUGAAUUCUUGCUAGUUUUUGUUUGCUGUUAGUAUGCAUUUGAUUUUUGUGGUCAACAAACUUUUCUCGUUUUAAAUUUCUAAUGUUAAAUAUUUCAUAAAAGCUUAUAAAAAUAAAAUCUGAUUUUUCAGUAAUUUAUAAAGGGAUCAAAAACCUAAGGGCUCCAGAGAUGGGUUUAGUUCAGUGGUAGAGAAUUUGCUAGGUGGGAUUCAGUCCUCAGCACUAAGAAAAAAUUACAAAAGACUAAAGAAAAAAAAUGGCAACCAAAGAUGUUUUGAAUGCUUGCCCAAAGUAUCUAAGAACUGAAUUUUGCUCUUUUAAAACACUAUUAUUGUGAUGUUUGCUAUGGAAAAAAUUUUUAAAUUACACCUAUUUAUAAACCCCAUUUUCUUUCUUCACCUACAUUGUCUCAAUGUUUCCGUUCAAAUUUGAUACAUGUAUACUCCUAAGACUUCUGGGGCUGGGGAGAAGUUGUUGGGUCUUAGAGCCAGCUGACCUGGAACUCACAAUGUACACCAGGAUGGCCUCAAACUCACAUACACCUGCCUGUCACCAAGCCUGGCACAUGUACAUUUUUUUAAAUUUUAUGUUUAUGCUUAUGUGAGAGUGGGAUCCCCUGGAACUGGAGCUAUAGACACCUGUGAGUUGCCAUGUAGAUGCUGGGAAUGGAACCGGGGUUCUCAGGAAGAGCAGUCAGUGCUGUUUAACCUUUGUGCCAUCAUUCCUAUGUGGUUU